AUGUAUAAGCUUGCUCACCUUCUCCUCCUCGCUCCCGCCGCUCUUGCCGGCCUGGUCACUCCUCUCCAGGAGCGUGAAACCACCUGCGAGGCUCCUUUGUCCGCCUGUGGCUCGACUUGCAUCGGUCCCCUGGAUAUUUGCUGCCCUGCUGCCCCCAACGGCGAGAUCAUCGGCUGCAGUGGCACUGACAACUGCUGGAUCAACCCGGACAACUCUCCCGCCUGUUGCCCUCUCUUCCACAACUGCCCUGGCCAGAAGGCCGGAGAUGGCGUGUACCAUACUAUGCCCACCAUCACUAUUCCCACCGUGACUCCUACCGUUCCUCCUGUUAGCCCGCCGCCCACUAUCAACAGCGAGCCUACUCAGCAGACCACCACUACCAGCGGCUCGACCAUCUCUACCGUGAAGAGCGUCACUCCUCCCGUUUCUGUUCGUCCUAGCAGCACCAACCCCGUCAAGAGCUCGACUCCUUAUCCUAAGCCUUCCUGCACGGCCUCUGGCUCCAGUUCUGGCUCUUCCGGCUCUGGUUCCGGCUCUUCUGGCUCUUCUGGCUCAGGGUCUGGUUCUUCUCCUUCGGCUUCUCCUGUGUUCAACGGUGCCUCUUCGUCUGGCAGCAUCUCCAUUGGUGGAAUUCUCGGCGCCAUUGUUCUGGGAAUCUUCUUGUAA